AUGUUAAGGCGUGCGCCAUUUUUGCAAGGUGAUUGCGAAAUAACCCACGUGAGAGCGCUUCCAGCAGUCUAUGCCGAAAGGCAUCCGAAAGAUGAUCACAAAAGAGCACGGGGUGAUGCUGUCAGCUGGAUUGGUGUGCACCGAGGCUACUUCAAAGGCCCUCACUCAGUUGUGGUAAAGGAGGUGCCUCAUAUGACUAUCGCAUGCUUCCGAACUCUGGCCAGAUCAUCACAUCCAAAUAUCGUACAACUCUUUGGUCUCUACCUUAGCGACAGCGUCUAUAUAACAUAUGAGCUUGUAGAUUUGAAUUUAUUUGACCUUCGCAUAACUUCCGAGUUGGAGGUAGCUGCAGUGAUGUCUCAGCUCCUUCAUGGCAUUAAACAUCUCCAAGAUUUGCCGAUGCGGUUUGGAGUCCGGUCUAUUCGAGUUUCGCCCUUUGGUGUUGUUAAAAUUGUACCCGAAUUUGAGACUUCCUCGUAUCCCGGCCUGGCUUUAGCUCUAUCUCCCAAGAUUGCAGCCGCUUUUCUGCAGUGUAUUAUGGAGCACCUGGGGGCUAGCAUACCUGGGUGGUCCGACGAUGCCUUGGACUUUCUCAAAAUACUAGAGUCGGGGCACCAACCAGACGACAGUGUAUGUGAGAACCUCGCAAGACGUAUUCUGGUGCUGACAUAUGCAGAGUAA